CGCGUCCCCGCCACCCAGCGUCGCCAUUUUGAUUCGAAAAAAUAUGACUGAGUUUUUCCUGCUUUGCAUGCUAAACUUAGCUCCGCGUUUGAAUUUCGUUCGAAUCAAACGCGCUCCGUCCGAAAGAACAGAUAUCGGGGCCAUCGAUGCCCAACAAGCCGCCCGCGGCCCAGUAUUUGCCUCUCGGGGUGAAUUUUAAAGCCACGCUUUGGACUUAACGUCGGGGGCUAACUUGAAGCUAACAGACAGCCUCCUGCUUGCUUGUUCGAACUGGCGAAGGCUGACCCAGGCUGUUCUUCAAAACAAAUCACUAGAUGAGGCUCAUGCAGUGAAGCUAACGCGGCUAAUUGUGAGCUGGGGGGGAAGCUAGUGUCUAAGGGAUCGGGCUGGGGUAAGAAAAAAAGUGCUGUAACGGUCUAACGCAAAGAAGAGGAAACGCACGGGGGAUAUUCAAAGGUUAUGGUGAGCCUCCCAGCGUUCCAUCUCCUAAACAGGCCUGCAUUUUAAAAGGAGACCCAUGCUGAUAAAUGCCAGGCCCCCCCACGCUUUCUGUCUUCUGCACAAACACAAAUGCCUGCCUGCCCGCGGGAGAGGUCUGAUUAAAGAUAUCCACAUUUCAUUCACUGGGCUGUGUUCCCCACCCCGGCGGCCACCAUGUUUUGGAAGUUUGACCUGCACACCACCUCCCACAUCGACCAGCUGCUGGACCGGGAGGACGUGACGCUGCGCGAGCUGAUGGAGGAAGACGACGUGCUGCAGGAGUGCAAGGCCCAGAACCGCCGCCUCCUGCUCUUCCUCUCCCAGGACCACUGCAUGCAGGAGCUGGUCGGCCUCAUCACCAAAGAGCCGCCCGCCGACUUGGAAGAGAGGAGCCGAUUUAAGCUUCCCAACAUUGCGUGCGAGCUCCUGACCUCAGACGUGUCUAUCAUAAACGAUAAGCUGGGCGGAGAAGAAUCUCUCCUGGAGAUGCUCUACCACUUUCUGGAGCAGGACCCGCCCCUCAACCCGCUGCUCGCCAGCUUCUUCAGCAAAACCAUCGGCAAUCUCAUAGCCAGGAAAACCGAAGAGGUGAUCGCCUUUCUCAAGAAAAAGGAAGGCUUCAUCGCUCUGGUGCUGAAACACAUAGAUGCGUCUGCUAUGAUGGACCUGCUGCUUCGCCUCAUCAGUUGUGUGGAGCCUGCCCCUUUGAGGCAGGAGGUCCUUCAUUGGCUGAAUGAGGAGAAGCUCGUUCAAAGACUCAUAGAGCUUAUCCAUACUGGUAAAGAUGAGGAGAGACAAUCAAACGCGUCCCAAACACUUUGUGACAUAAUUCGCCUUAGCCGAGACCAGGCCAAUCAGAUGCAGGAGAACAUGGAGGCCGACCCGCUAUUGGCUGUGCUCGAGUCACAAGAAACUGUAGCAGGACUCCUCAAGAACAUGUUUGAGGGCGAGAGGAACGAGGCUUCCAUUGUUAACGGAACUCAAGUGCUACUUACCUUACUGGAGACUAGGAGGUCUGGGUUGGAAGGGCUGAUGGAUCUGUAUUCUCAGGGUUAUGAAAGGUCUUACACUGUCAACAGCAGUAUUUUAAAUGCCAUUGAGCCCCAUUUAAAAGAUUUCCAGCAGCUUCUUCUGGAUCCCCCAAAGAAAGGUGCAAUACUGACCACCGUUGGCGUUCUAGAUCAGCCACUGGGGAACGCCCGCCUUCACGUGGCCCGACUGGUGGCUGCCCUCCUGCAGACCACCUCCCCCAGUAUCUGCCAGGAGCUAUGCGACCUCGGCACCAUGGACCUACUACUGGAUCUGUUCUUCAAAUACUCGUGGAAUAACUUUUUGCACUUCCAAGUGGAGCUCUGUGUGGCAGCCAUCCUGAACCACCCUUCCUCUGAGGAGCGGCCCAACCCGGGCCUCCAGAACCACAACGGGCAGCAGGCGGCAUCGGCCGCCGAAACUCAAGUCGAGGCGGUGGAGUCGGGCGGGACCAGUGACCCACAGACCUCCCUCCACAAUACCCUGGUGGCACAUCUUUUCCAGAAGUGUCGAUUGGUACAAAAGAUCCUUGAUGCCUGGGAGGAGAACGAUAAAAUACAGUCUGAGGGUGGCACCAGGAGAGGCAACAUGGGUCACCUGACCAGAAUUUCCAACAUGGUGGUCCAGAACCUAGAGAAGGGGCCAGUACAGGCCCAGAUUGCUGACCUCAUCAAAGUUAUUUUUGUAAACAAUUCAGAGCUGCCCGAAGACUGCAGAGGUCGCUGGGAGAGUUUUGUGGACGAAACGCUGAGAGAAACCAACAGAAGAAACACAGUAGAGCUGGUGAGCACGCACAACAUGCACUCGUCCAGCGAGGACGACGACAUGGAGAGCCCCUUCCCGAACGACCUGUCCCUCCAACAGGCUUUCUCUGACUAUCAGAUCCAGCAGAUGACCGCCAACUUUGUGGACCAGUUUGGCUUCAACGACGAGGAGUUCAGCGAACACGACGAAAAUAUCAACGCCACAUUUGACCGAAUUGCUGAAAUAAACUUCAAUUUAGAUUCUGAUGAUAACAGUGCCAACGCAGCUGCUUUUGAGGCCUGCUGUAAAGAGAGGAUACAUCAGUUUGAUGAUGCGGAUGAGGAAGAGGACAUUUGGGAGGAAAAGGAGAUCAACUAUGCAACGCAAGCUAAAUCCAGAACACGGUUUGGGGUGUCCCAAACAUCAGAAGGAAGCUCCCGGAGUAGCUUGGAAAAUGGCGGACAGCAAGACUGCGGCUCCGAAUCCGACGAGGAGGAAGAGUUUGAGCAGAACACAUCAGACACAGGGCCAGGAUGGACAGCAAAUUUCAGGGACUCUGACGGGAUCACGGAAUCCCAGACUCCAUCUGGCUGGGAUGCACUUCCCGCCGGUGCUGGAAACGAGACCCAGGAAACGGGCUGGGCCAAUUUCACGGCGUUCCAGCCGUUCUCAAGCACAGUCAGGUGCAGCUCCCCCGUAGAUACUGGAGGCAGCGACGCAGACAAACAAGCCAAACAAAACCACGACAAGAGCGGUGAGUUCAUCUGGUCGGACCAGAUUGUGCCAUUUUGUUCCGCCCAUCUCACUUGCUUUCCACUUGCAGACGCCGUCGCCUCGCCUCGCAUGGGGCCUUCGGGGGACGUGACGGCGGCUCCUCCCGCCGCCUCGGACAGCGGCUCGCCCGCUGGUUCCGACGGCGAGGAACUCAACUCGGCAGCAACUAUCGUCUCCAAAGCAGCUGCCGGCGGCGGCAAGACAGCAGACGUCACAAGUGAGGAGAGUCCUGUGUCCCUGGAGAAACUCUCACUGUCAGAUCCUCCAGAUGCCUCGCAGCAGCAGCAGCAGCAGCCGCCUCCUGAGGAAUCACCCGUAACCGCACAGACUGACAGGAAAGAGGAGCCGCCAGCGCCCCAAGAAGUGGCCGUCAACGGGCCGGUGUGAGCGCAGACGCGGGAGCGGCGGGGAUGCCAACGACCAGCUGUAAGCCUCCUCCAGAGUGACUCCUUUCAAAAUAAACCUCAGUGCGACACCAGUGUUUUUACUGAAUCACUCUGCCAUGUUAUUGGACCUGGACACUGCCAAUCGAUACCAGUAACCAGAGGCGGCGGAACGUGUACAAAAAAAAAAAAAAAAUCUAUAUAUAUAUAUAUAAAUAUAUAUAUAUAUAUAUUACAGAAAAAGGAGGACAAAAACAGAACAGUAUGUAGAUCGUCAAAUCCUUCCCCCCCCUCCCCAUGUUGCACAUGAAUACGUGCGGUUUUAAUGUAGCAGCAAUCUUGGAGGAGGGUAAAAACAGCAUCAUGAUCACCAUCAUUAUUUUUUUAUGUCCAGAACGAUUUCUCUCUUGCAGGUUGAACCUGGCAGUUAGGCUUUGACAUUGCUGCACCAUGUCAGGAUAGCACAGGCUACGUUUUUCUGUUUAUUAUUUUUUCUCUUCUUAAAUGCGCCUCAAUUACAAUAAGCCUGUUUUUUUUUUGUGUGUGUGUUUUUGACAAAGCACUUGUUCAGCCAUUUCCUGUCUGUUCUAGCACAAUAUCAGUGUUUCACCUUGAGCUCUUGCAGAAUGAAAUUUUCCGCAGAAUGAAAUUUUCCACACAAUUGCAUUUUGGUUUCACACUUUUUUUUCCUUUGGUUGCCGUUUAAAGAACCUUCUUCACCAGGUGUCUGAAUGUGUCACGUAGGAUGAGGAGGAGGGUCAGCGAACAGAGCUGCAAGAGUAUUACUGUCUUUAGCUCAUGUGCAAUAAUGUCAAUUAGUCCUUUUUAACUUAAAUCCAACCUAUUGUAUGAGAUGAAAUCAAGCUAGUCAUUUUGCUUCAAUUGAAUUCAUUUUAAUUUUAUUUAGUGCAUGUGUGAGCGACCUCACUUGUGAGCUCAGACCUUCUGAUUGUAUUGAUGUUAACCAUUCUUUUUUUUUUUUUUUUUCCCCCAACCAACCAAACCUUAUCUACCUAAUAAUAUACAAUUGCUAAUCAACAUUUACAGGUCAUUUUACAAGCAAUCUUAAAUACUAUGGUAGGCUGUUUUCUCUCUGUCUCUCUCUCGCCACAAAGCACACAGGAUAUGAGUGACAUCUGGAAGGAGUGAUGCUGUACUUUUGUUUUUCUUUUUGUUUUUUUUCUUUCAAUGUUAAUUUUAUUUGAUCUCCAAGCUGCAGAAUUGAGGGGGAAAAAAGAGGACAGGUGCUGGUUUCAAGCAGCCCCGGGCCUCUUGGUGUACUUAAAAAUCACUUGAUGGCGAUCUGGUUCUAUGAUUCAUUGUUAAAACAAAUUAAAAGUGUCUGACCACGUUAA